CGUAGCAGGGGGGUUAUUGAGGGAGACAAGCUGAAUAAUUUGUGCAUUGAAUGCAUUUAACUAUCAUUUCUUUUAGAAAUAUUAUUUAGCGCUCAUAUUUAUAAUGCCGGGAAUGAUGGAUAAAGGUUCCGAAUAUCUUGGGAAAGGUAGAUCUAAUGGAACAAAAAGUCCCUCAAAUGCUUCGAAUGGACAUUUUUCUGAUGAGAGUGGCAGUGACGACGAGCACGAUGUGGGUAUGCGUGUGGGAUCUGACUAUCAAGCAAGCAUUCCCGAUUACGACCCGGGUGCGACAAAAUACACCGACAAAGACAUUGGUGGAAUGUUAGUGUGGUCUCCGUAUCAUACCAUUUUGGACACGAAAUUGGAUGAAUACAUUGCCAUUGCGAAAGAGAAACAUGGAUACAAUGUUGAGCAGGCUUUGGGCAUGCUUUUCUGGCAUAAGCACAACAUAGAGAAAUCUCUAGCGGACCUACCCAACUUUACUCCCUUCCCCGACGAGUGGACUGUGGAGGACAAAGUCCUGUUCGAACAAGCUUUCAGCUUCCAUGGCAAGAGUUUCCACAGGAUACAGCAAAUGUUGCCAGAUAAAUCAAUAUCCAGUCUUGUGAAGUACUACUAUUCUUGGAAGAAGACCCGAUCCCGGACAAGUUUGAUGGAUCGGCAAGCCAGGAAGUUGGCCAAUAGAAACAAUCAGGAAGAAAGUGAUGAAGAAAUGGAUGAGGCUAACCCCAUUGAAGCGAAUGAUAGUGAUUAUGACCCAACUAAGGAGACCAAGAGAGAGAGCCACGCGGAGACCCAGAUGAUGAGCUCUAAGAUCGGGUUGGGGCGGCGGGAGCACCAGACGCUGCAGCACCGGCACCACUCCCAGCGCUCCAAGUGCCGCCCCCCUAAAGGCAUGUACCUGACGCAGGACGACGUGGUGGCCGUCUCCUGUAGCAACAGUGCUGCCAACACGGUCCUCCGCCAGCUGGACAUGGAGCUCGUCUCCCUCAAAAGACAGGUCCAGAAUGCCAAACAGCUGAACAGCAGUCUUAAACAGAAGAUGGAGACUGGUAUUGAUGACCUCCGUCUAGCCGAGGGUAACCAAAAAGUCAAUGCGCGGUGGACCACUGAUGAACAGCUGCUUGCUGUACAAGGUGUCAGGAAGUAUGGUAAAGACUUCCAGGCCAUUGCCGAUGUUAUCGGUAAUAAGACAGUGGGACAGGUCAAGAACUUCUUUGUGAACUAUCGUCGCCGGUUUAAUCUGGAGGAGGUGUUGCAAGAGUGGGAAGCAGAGCAAGGCACACGUGCACCCAACGGGGACAGUGCCACCUCUGGCGAGGACACGAAGAACAACUCCAAUACCCCUUCAGGGAAAAGUACAGACGAAGAAGAGGAGGAGGUGACUCCGGCCUCAGGUCCGUCUCCAGUUUCGCAGGCAUCUUCAGGUCAAACAGCAGCCAGCUGCACCACCUCACUCAACCAGCCUCCACCUCUGCUGCGCCCAUCCCUGCCCGCCACCCCCGCGCUGCACCGCCACCCCCCACCUCUGCAGCAGCAGGCCCGCUUCCUGCAGCCGCGGCCCACCCUCAACCAGCCUCCGCCCCUCAUCAGGCCAUCCAAUCCCCUGCCUCCGCGCCUCAACCCACGGCCCACUGCACCCAGUGCUCCCUCAGCGUCCGGCACGGGUGCUCCAGCUGCCCAGCAGCCCCCCACACUCAUGGGCGUCCAGCCUGAAACACCGUCCCCUUCCCUGCACUGAGCACACGCUUCUCCUUUAAGAACUCAAGCUGAGCACAUAUUGUUUUGCAUUCUCUCUUUAAAGUGUCUGCCUUUAUUCUUUUUAUGGUUCCGGGGGCAAUACCAGCCAAAUCACAAGAGCUCUUUGUAGAGCCAGCAGUCUGUAAAAAGGAGGAAAACGUGUAAACCUGUAGUUUUGUAUUUAUUUAAAGAUUUGUAUGUAACAUUUCCUUUAGAAUUAUGUAAUCAUAACUUAUAAUGAUCAUUCAUGUGUAGAUGUCCUAGUGUUUUUAACUUGCUUAAAAAAAACGUUAUUGAAAUUUCACCUGAGGUUAUGUUGGCACAACCUUAAAAUCACAGAGCGUCAACACUAGACUCCAAAAUAUCAUGGCAGGCAGAACUGUUUUUGUGAGUGUUUUUGUCGUUCCUAGUAAUGUUCAAAAUUUAUGCUCAGUGAUUUUAGAUUUGUUAAAAUACGCAUUUGUGAUUUGUAUAUAGAAGCAUUUAUUUAUUUUUGUACUUGGUGCUAUGGACUCUUGUUUUGUUUUGUCCAAACUCUGGCAUAACUUAAACCUUCAAAGUGCUCUUAUAAGACUAAGAGAAAAUAGUUCUUAAAAACUGGAAGAUAAAAUGA